UGGCGGCGUGAUGGCGGAGGAUCAGCAUGUAUUACCCUGCAUGGUAUCUUAAGUAGGAUACUCUGAUACAGCUUCGGCAUCCUUUGUGACUGACUCAUAUAGCUUUCCUGUUGCAGACGCCAAGAGACGGACGCUCGUUCUGCUCCCUUUCACUGGUGAACCGAGAGCGAACGCACUGCGGCGGUAUGUACUUUGCAGACGAGCGCUAUUCUCUGGACAAGCUUCUCUCGGGCCGAACGUAUCACAAUCGCCACCCUAAGGUACCACGAGACUUCGCCGUUCUACCGGUAACCAUACUCGUCCAUCACAUAGACGAGACUCUUGGUCAGACUCAAAAGCUGUCACGCGAGGUGACUUCCACAGAGAAACGUAUCGCUGAUGGCGACAUCCAACUCCAAGAUAAUGGGGACUACAAGCUUCUUAAUAGGCUUAACCUGGAGCAUAUCCGAUUACAGCGGCGUUCGGAUUUUGAGCUGGAGCUAGCGACCAAUUUACUGAAGUAUUUUGACGAGUACCAGAAGAUGUGGACCGCGCUAUGGGAAGGCGGGACUGGCUAUUUGGAAGACAUGAGGGAGAAGAUUGAGCAGCAAAUGCGCUAUUCGGAGCAAGUCAAGCGUGAUCUUGAUAUACUUCCUAGGCGGAUCAAAAACCAAUCGAAAGCGAUCUUCAACUACGUUGUGCAACGAGACAACCAGCUGAACAUACAGCUAGCUGAGAGCAACCGCAAAAUCGCCGAGGAAUCGAGACGAGAUAACCUGCUGAAUCUUGAAUUGGCCGCAGCGACGGCACAAGUGGCCGAGGAGACCCGUCAGGACAGUGCCGCAAUGAAGACCAUUGCCGUGCUAACGUUAACAUUCCUGCCCGGAACUGCAGUUGCGUCCUUCUUCAGCAUGACAAUGUUUCAAUGGCCCUUUGCGAACAACAACAGCCUGGCUUCACCGUAUAUCUAUGUAUACUUUGUCGUGACCAUCCCACUGACGGUCCUUGUGUACGCAUUAUGGACAUGCCCAGGUGCAAUAUAAGAAGACGCAUGAGGAAGGUAUCAACAAGUUCGAGAGAGAAUUGAAGCUGCGUGUGCGCUCAGCGACAGGCACUUGGUGACACGCAACAGUAACGUUAAUUGUGUCCGGUAGGAGGUACAUCGUUUAUUCAUAGCGUCCGAGCCAGCGUUCUCCUAUUUGAGUUUUGGUGAAGUAAUUCCGCUACCUUGCCAUGGCACCUAUCGAACGCAUGCUGGU